CAGUGCGAUGCGUCACUUCCUGCUGCGCACGGCCAAACGCUUCCCCCGGGCCGUGCUCCGGGAACCUUUGUUUCUGCUCUUUGGGAGCCGGAGGGUGCCGAGGGAGCGGUUCGGAGGGGAGCCCCGGGAGCCGGGCGAGCUGCGGGGCGGAGCGGUGUUUGCAAUGGCUGCCACUGUGAGCUUGGAACUUGAUCCCAUUUUUUUGAAAGCACUAGGUUUCUUACAUUCGAAGAGUAAAGAUUCUGCUGAGAAACUAAAGGCGCUGCUUGAUGAAUCUUUGGCUCGGGGCGUUGAUGCAAGUUACCGUCCCUCUCAAAAGGAUGUGGAGCCACCCAAAAUUGCAAGCACAAAAACUGUUUCUGUUAAGCAAGAGCCCAAACCAUCCUCCAGUCUUCCUUCAGGCAAUAAUAAUGGUAAGGUCCUCCCAGCCGAAAAGGUGAAGAAGGAAGCCGAAAAGAGACCUGCUGAUAAAAUGAAACCGGAUACCCCUGAAGGUGCUGAUAUUCCCAAGAAGCCACGAGUGGAAAAGCCGGAGUCACGGUCCUCUCCCAUUACUGUGCAAACCAGCAAGGACUUGGCCAUGGCUGACCUCUCCAGCUUUGAGGAGACCAGUGCCGAUGAUUUCGCUAUGGAGAUGGGCUUGGCCUGUGUUGUCUGUAGGCAGAUGACAGUGGCGUCUGGUAAUCAGUUGGUUGAAUGUCAGGAGUGCCACAAUCUAUACCACCAAGACUGCCAUAAACCGCAGGUGACAGACAAGGAAGUGAAUGACCCUCGCCUGGUGUGGUACUGUGCCCGAUGUACAAGACAGAUGAAAAGAAUGGCUCAGAAAACUCAGAAGCCCCCACAGAAGCCAGCUCCGGCGGUUGUUGCUGUGGCUCCCGCUGCCAAAGACCCGCUGGUCAAGAAACCAGAAACUAAACUCAAGCAGGAGACAACUUUCCAGGCAUUCAAGAGGACGGAAGUCAAGACAUCCACGGUUAUUUCAGGAAAUUCUUCUAGUACCAGUGUUUCCUCUUCAGUAACUAGUGGCCUAACUGGAUGGGCAGCUUUUGCAGCCAAAACUUCUUCUACUGGUCCUUCAACAGCAAAAUUGAGUUCAUCAACACAAAACAACAGUGGAAAACCUGCUACCUCAUCAGCCAGCCAGAAGCCUGUGGGCUUGACUGGUCUGGCAACAUCAUCCAAAGGUGGAAUUGGUUCUAAAUUAGGUUCCAAUAAUAGUACAACCCCCACUGUACCACUGAAGCCGCCUCCGCCUCUAACCUUGGGCAAAACUGGGCUUAGUCGCUCCGUUAGUUGUGAUAAUGUCAGCAAAGUAGGUCUUCCUAGUCCAAGUAGUUUAGUUCCAGGAAGCAGCAGCCAACUAACUGGCAAUGGUAAUACUGGAACAUCAGGGGCUGGUGGAGGGACCAGCAGUAAAACUACUUCAGAAACCAGCAGCUGUUCCUCAACAUCCCUCAAGGGUCCAACUUCACAAGAAUCACAGCUCAAUGCUAUGAAGAGAUUGCAGAUGGUUAAAAAGAAAGCUGCCCAGAAGAAACUCAAGAAGUAGGGUGCACAAAUGGGUUUAAUCAUACAGUACCCUGAAGGUAAAAAGCUUAUUAAUAGAACAUAUACUGUUAAAUAUACCAUAAUUUAAUAAAAAAAAUUUUCAUA